AAGCUGUUCAGCUUGCCAGGUCAACAACUUUUUUUUGUUGAUUUUCCCAAGACACGGCAAGAAAAGAAUGGUCUCGACGCACAUUACGUACGUGAUCAACUUUGAUAAAGAUGGUGCCAGAGCAAGCACUUCGACAUUAUUCGCUCAUAUUCCGGUGGCGGCACCCUCAAUGGAUUGCGCCCACCAAUGAAUGACGUCGCCCCCUCCCAGAGGCCUCACAACUCGCAGCUCACCACACGCAUAAGCGCCGACAGGCGCCCUACUGCUUGACCAUGAUGGAUAUUUUGCGACCAACGUCCCCGUUGCGACAAUUUCGUACCCUUCUCUCGAAUAGACCGCCUGCAACAGCCGCCGUAUCAUAAGCUAUUUCUUUAACAGUUUAACGCAUUGCUGCUGUGUUGCCGCGCAUCGCGCUUGUCAGGCACCAUCUCUGGCCUGAGCGCCGUCAUAAAACCAACCCCUCCAUCUCUAACUUCGCGAGUUCCAAGCUUGGGACACUCUCCUACCCCUUCCUUGUUUUUAACAACCUGUCCCUUCUUCCUCAAAGAAUCUGUAUACGAAUCUCUGUAUUGGAAGAUUACGAGAGCUCAGCAAACAUGGCUUCGGGACACAACGAUCCAAAGCUCCUCUACGCUGUGGAGGGCAUCAACGCCUACCACAUCUCUAAUGGCAAGGAGCGAUCUCUCACCCGUUCGGGGCCGCAGACCUUGUCACUGCUCAUGGUCCCGACCUCGUCGGGCUUUGUUGAGCCCUCAGGGGUUGGCUCCGACGGCGAAGAGGAUUUCUACCUUCAUCUACACCUCCCUCCCGAGCUCGACCUCCCCUUGCCUGCCACGACUCAGAUCUACCACCAACCACCUAAGAGCUACCUGAUCCCCCGCUGGGAUCUCGGCCCCGAUAGCGGCGCCUUCACUCGGAUCGAGUUCCCGUCCCUCGACAGCAGAUCAGGUGUCCAAGAGGACGUCGAUACCUUUGAGACUAUCCUCGCCCAGUGUACCGCUUUCCUCGAGAGAGCUCCUGCGCCCCAACCGAGAGACUCCAAGGCGGCCCUAGCCAAGGAGCGCGAGGCUACUGGCGAAGAGCUCCCUGCCUACAAUCCGGCCAAUUACAACCCAGGGGAGGCCUACGUUCAGGGCAGCCAUAGUUCUCAUGCCGGAGGUCGAAUUGUGCUUGUCGAUGAGGAAGAUGGUAGUGUCAUCGGAGAACUUACCGAUACGUACCAGGUGGUUGAAGACAGCAAGGUCCGCCCAGGCUCCAAGGAACCCGUUGAGAUUUCUUUUCCUGCGGAUGGUGGCCAGAACAUUUCUGUGCAGCCUGUUUCGCAGGCAUACAUGGAGAUGGACAUACACCCCGCCUACAAAAAGUCGACGAUAGUCAACAGCGCCACCAAGGCAUCCCGGCUUAUCGUUACGACAUCGGAUGUCGUCUCCAGGACGUUGCAGAGCCAGGCUGACAGCUUCACAAAGAACACCAAGCCAAAUGCCAAGCCUGUCACGUUUGCUCCAUCUACUCAUGACCGCAUUCGUUGCAUCAACAACAUCUCGGAUAGAGCAGCUACCUUUUCAUCUUCGACAGUUGGUACGAUCGGAAAUCUAGCUCAGAACUUGGGCGCAAGCGUUACUCGCCGUAAGGAUGGACGGGCCAGAGGCUUUGACAAGGACGGGAACGCCAUCGACACGUACAAGCCCGGUAUGCUCAACAAGAGCUUGAUGGCCUUCAACACGGUUGUUGACGGUAUCGAACAAGCCGGCCGCAACCUGCUUACAGGAACGUCGUCUAGCGUGACCACAGUGGUUGGUCAUCGCUGGGGCGCUGAGGCCGGCGAGGUAUCGCGACAUCUGGGAGGCGGCUUCAAGAACGUGGGACUUGUCUACAUUGACGUGACUGGAGUCUCACGUCGCGCUAUUCUCAAGAGUGUUGCCAAGGGUAUGGUUGUUGGAAAGGUCAAGGGAGGCGGUGAGAUCAUCGUGGGGGGUACGGAGAGCAACGCCGAGCUCAUUGCUGCCCGAGAUGGAAACGGAAAGGGUGCGCAUAGCACUUAUGGGGAUAACGUGAGCAUUGCCAGCGGCUACGAUCCCAACGGCAAGAGGCCAGCCAAGGGUCCUUUCUGAGGGAACAUUAUGACGGUCAACAUGAUGGUCAGAUUGGGAGGAUAUUCUUCUUUUGCUGCGAUAAUGAAGGGUAAAGAUCCAAGAAUUGGUGUUGGUGGGAAACCCAGUUGCAUGCGAGCCUACCUAUGGAUUUCUUAAUGGCAGUUUCUAAGAAACUCGAGAAUUGAGCUAAUUAUUAUCCUUCUGAAC